CGAGAGGGUUUUUCUCUCCGUCUCUACGCGCAGGCGAAGUAUGGAAAAAAACUUUUUGAGAAAACAUGGCGGAUAAGUGAAGACUUGUUUGAAGAACCCGGAGGUUUUUGUUUUGUGUUUUGAUUUUUUUUGGGAUCCGUUGGACAUGUUUCCGGUUUGCCGACUCGUCGCUCGCGCAUUUUAAAGGAUGGAAGCCUCGUGUCUGGAGCUAGCGCUGGAGGGGGAGCGUCUGUGUAAGACGGGUGAUUACCGCGCAGGGGUCUCGUUCUUCGAAUCCGCCAUCCAGGUCGGGACGGAGGACCUGCAGAUCCUCAGCGCCAUCUACAGCCAGCUGGGCAACGCCUACUUCCACCUGCAGGACUACACCAAAGCGCUCGAGUUCCACCGCCAUGACCUCACUCUCACCCGGACGAUCGGAGAUCAGCUGGGCGAGGCUAAAGCUAGCGGGAACCUCGGGAACACGCUGAAGGUUCUGGGUCGGUACGACGAGGCGGCGGCUUGUUGCCAGAGACACCUGGACAUCUCCAGAAUGCUUCACGACAAGGUGGGGCAGGCACGAGCACUGUAUAAUUAUGGGAACGUGUACCACGCCAAGGGGAAGAACAUAUGCUGGAGUGGGACAGACCCAGGAGAGUUUCCAGAGGAGGCGCGCACCGCUCUAAAGAAAGCUACAGAGUACUAUGAAGCCAAUCUGUCCAUCGUGAAGGAGCUGGGCGACCGAGCAGCACAAGGACGGACGUACGGUAACCUGGGGAACACGCAGUACCUGCUGGGGAACUUCGAGAACGCCGUGCUGGCUCACGAACAGCGUCUCCUUAUCGCUAAGGAGUUUGGGGACCGAGCGGCCGAGAGGAGGGCGUACUGUAACCUGGGGAACGCCUACAUCUUCCUGGGCCAAUUCGAAGUGGCAGCUGAAAACUACAAACGCACACUACAGCUGGCUCGGCAGCUCAGGGACCGGGCGGUCGAGGCUCAGGCCUGUUACAGUUUGGGCAACACCUACACACUGCUGCAGGACUACGAGAGAGCCAUCGACUACCAUCUCAAACACCUCAUCAUCGCUCAGGACCUCAAAGACAGGAUAGGAGAAGGGAGAGCUUGCUGGAGUUUAGGGAACGCCCACACGGCUCUAGGAAACCACGAGCAGGCCUUACACUAUGCCGAGAAACAUCUGGAGAUUUCCAAAGAGAUCGGAGACCGUAGCGGAGAGCUGACCGCCAGAAUGAAUGUUUCAGACCUGCAGCUGGUGUUGGGUCUGAAACACAACCACAACAAUGCUAGCUACACAGACAACUCCUUGGACGGCAGCAGUCCAACAGGAGCAAAGCCCAGAUCAGGACGGAGACGAAGCAUGGAGAACAUGGAGCUCAUGAAACUUAGUCAAGAUAAGAGCCCUGGCCCAGCGAGCGACGAGGACGUCUCCCCGAAGCAGUCCAAAUCCUCGCCCAUCGCCAAGACCUCGUCCAAACUCUUCUUCAUCAGUCGCUUCAAGGGAAAGAAACAGAAAGCCAACGGAGCGGGCGCGCCCAAAGCGUCUCAGAGCGGGAACGGCUCUCCGCGGACGCCCGAGCUGGAUCCCAAGUACGCUCCGGACACUCUGGGGGACGAGGGCUUCUUCGACCUGCUCACUCGCUUUCAGGGGAACCGCAUGGACGACCAGAGGUGCUCCUUACAGAGCGGCUUAAGCCGUGGCUCCUCCCCCUCCCUUUGUGACACCCCGCCUAUAGCUGUGAGGAAACCUAUUUCUCCGUCCGAAGAGGCGGCUUCGGGUCAACCCGGCCACUUCCUGGACUUGCUGGCGAGCUCCCAAGGCCGGCGGCUGGACGAGCAGCGGGCGAGCAUGGGGACGCUGCCGGGAUUACUGCUGGACCAAAACGACAGCCGGGACGUGCUGAGCCAGCUCAUAGCCAGCGCUGACAGCAAGGAGCCGGACGACGACUUCUUCGACAUUCUCAUCAAGUGCCAGGGUUCCCGUCUGGACGACCAAAGGUGCGCUCCUCCCCCUCCCCCGACGCGAGGCCCCACCGUCCCCGAUGAAGACUUCUUCAGCCUCAUCCUGCGCUCGCAGGCCAAACGCAUGGACGAGCAGCGCGUCAAUCUGCCUUCCGACCCCGGACCUACGACGCUAAACCCUGACUGAGGCCGCGUACUAACGCAAAAAACAAAACAAACACAGUGAUACAGACUUCGGAGAUUUGUGAAGUCACAGAGAAAAAGCGCCCUCUUGUGGUAAAAAACAAAACAACUGGAAGCCAUAAAUCAUCUCGGAAUGUCUGGGUCAGGUGUGUUUCUCACUAUAUAAACAUGAAGGACUGUUACAGGACAUCUCAGUACGGCUGCGGGUCAGUACGGCAUCACGGUUUUAGGUUUAGUUUCGCUGUACUGCGUCAGUGGGAAAUAGUGUUUUUUUUUUUUUUAGUUUAAAUCAGGAUUAGAACGAGCCGACGUCCCAUCCUCAGGGUUUCUGUAUCAUACACUGACUUUGAGCUCGUCUUUAGAUUCUGCGCUCUUCCUGGAAAUGAUUUUUUUUUUAAU